CUGACGUUAGUCCGUGACGUCACGAUAGCGGAAGCGCCGGACGACUGGAUGAAGUUCCCUAGCAGUUGCUGACAAUGAUGGACUGGACGCGCAAUCACCAAACUCAGCCUGGCGACGUCGACAAGAACCCGGCGGCAGCGACCGGGAAAGGAGAUGCCAGUGGGGCGACGAAACUGAUGAACGUCAAGAAGAAAAAGAAGAAAACGACGAACGGGAGGAGGAGGAGGAGGAGGAAGAAGAACCCGCCGAGAAUCUCCCGCUUGUCUGACCACAACAAGACCCAGCAGGAACAGCAGGAGAGCAGUGUUUCGGAACAGCCCUGCCGGGCAUCAGCCAUCAUCAGCAAGAAAGAGCUGCUGAGGUCCAAAUGUGAUCGCCUGGAGCGAGAACCAGUGCCACCAGUGUGUCUGGCGGCCCACAUGCUUGUGAAACAUGAGCAACUCAAUGGCACCGUCCUCUACGGGCACUCCUGCCGACGCGCUCCCAAACCCGGCAGGAACGACCUUUGCACUAAACCUCGUUUGGAGCACCACAGUGUUACAAAUGCAACCGAUUGCCUCAAAGAACGCGCGCCCGAACACCUUGAUGACAGCGAGAAAGUCUACGCCGGCGCCAGGUUCAGCGAACCGCCCUCGCCCAGCCUUCUCCCCAAACCGCCCGUCCACUGGGUCCGGAAGAACCAUAGUCCAAAACUCAAAAGUCGAAAACUAAUGAGCGACCACUUGAAGUCGCUUUUGAAGGUUCAAGAUCAAGCCUGACCGCAGAACCAGCUUGUUUAAGCAGCACAAAACACAGCUUCAGAUAAUCAAACAACGCCAGUCAACUCAGUCAGCAUUUGAUUCAGUGUCCCCCCCCACUAAGGCAGCUAUUGCUCAUUCAGGAUGACUAAAGUAUUUUCUUCAGCAUCCUCGUUUAUUCAGAUAAUUUAUUUGAGGGUAUUUAUUCCUCGUUUAUUCAGAGAAUUUAUUUGAGGGUAUUCAUUUUGUUGAGCCUACAAUGACAAGUUUCUUUUCUCUUGAAACUUUAUUCGUAUUUUGAUACAAACAGAUACAUUGUAUGUGAUGGCAUGCCAAUACAUUAAUAUUAUACAAGGUACAUUUACUUCUUAGUAAGAAAUAAAAAGAAGAGUAAACAAAAAAGA